GCACACCUGUGGCAGAAGGACACAUGAGCCAAGACUGAAGUCUGCUCUACUGCACAUUUGUAAUCCUACAACAUGCCGAGUGGGUUUAGGAAUAUGAAGUUACAAAUAUCCUUCCUGCUGAUGCUGUUUUCCAUGAACAUUGUCUGUGGCACCGAAAGCUUUUAUUCUGAACGAUAUCAGAAGCAAUCCAGUGUCCCACUGAAAGGGCCACCUUUCCUACCUUUCAGUGUAAAAAGCCAAGUUUUACCAGCAAGGGCAGAACAAGGCCCUCCUGGCCCAGCAGGUCCUCCUGGCCCAAGAGGACUACCAGGCUCUUCCGGGGCUCCAGGAAAACCAGGUUAUGGAAUCCAAGGACCUCAAGGGCCACAAGGACCCCCGGGACCCCCAGGACUUUCGGCUGUCGGAAAGCCAGGCCUCCCAGGCCUGCAAGGAAAACCAGGCAACCCAGGGCUGACUGGUGAAAAAGGAGACAUGGGGCCUGCAGGUCUCCCAGGGCCAAGAGGUCCCCCAGGGGCCCCUGGAAUUCCUGGUCCAGCUGGGAUUUCUGUUGCUGGGAAACGAGGAUUGCCAGGGGGACAAGGGCCACGGGGUGUCCCUGGGGAAAACGGUGAGCCAGGCAUCCCUGGUAUAAAUGGACAGAAGGGAGAAAAUGGAUUUGGGGUUCCAGGUCGCCCAGGUGAGAGAGGUCUGCCAGGGCCACAAGGGCCUUCAGGACCACCGGGACUUGCAGGGAUAGGAAGGCCUGGGGAAAGGGGAUUUCCAGGUCAGCCAGGAGUUAAAGGAGACCGGGGUUUGCCAGGCACCUCAGGACCAGUCGGCAGCCCUGGCCCCCAGGGCCCUCCUGGGGAAACCGGACAACCAGGAAUCGGAAAACCCGGACCAAGUGGGCCAGCUGGAUUGCCAGGAAUUCCUGGGCCAAAAGGCCUUCCAGGUCCCUCAGGCUUGCCUGGGCCCUCUGGUCUCCCUGGGUUUGGAAAGCCUGGACUGCCAGGCAUGAAGGGAAAUAGAGGACCAGAAGGCCUCCCUGGUGGCCCAGGAGCAAAGGGAGAACAAGGCCCAGCUGGUGCUCCAGGGGAACCAGGACCAGUUGGACCAGCUGGGAAUAUGGGCCCUCAAGGGCUCAGAGGUGCAGCUGGUGAAAAUGGUUUACCUGGGCUGAAGGGUGAAAGAGGCCCUGCAGGUCCAUCUGGGUUCCAGGGCAUGAAAGGGGAGAGAGGUCUGCCAGGAUUAGAUGGGAAAUCUGGGCAUUCGGGGGAACCAGGACUUCCUGGCCCAAAAGGACAUCCAGGUCUGCCAGGUCCUAAAGGGGAUACAGGCUAUGCUGGGUCACCUGGCUUACCUGGGCCAAUGGGUUCAUCGGGACCUAAGGGAGUGGCAGGCAUCAAUGGUGAGCAAGGCCCAAGAGGUCCACCUGGAAUACCAGGUACAAGAGGACCAGUUGGUCCUCCUGGUAUCCCAGGAUUCCCUGGCAGUAAAGGGAGUACAGGAGCACCAGGAUUACCGGGUCCAGCUGGCAUUGCUACAAAGGGUUUAGACGGACCUAUGGGACCUCCUGGACGUCCAGGCACCAAAGGUGACAAUGGAGAGCCUGGACUGCCAGGCUCGCCGGGUCCACCUGGUCCUCCUGGACAAGCAAUAUUCCCACAAGGCCAGGCCCUGGCAGGACUACCUGUUAUGAAAGCUGGUGAAGUCCAAGGUCUAACUGGCAUGCCAGUAUCAGCUUUCACUGUCAUUCUUUCCAAAGCUUACCCUGUAGCAGCCGCCCCUAUCAAAUUUGAUAAAGUUUUGUACAACAGACAACAGCACUACGACCCCAGAUCAGGAAUCUUUACUUGCAGGAUACCAGGACUUUACUACUUUGCUUACCAUGUACACGUGAAAGGAACACAUGUUUGGGUUGGCCUGUACAAAAAUGGCUCACCCAUCAUGUACACAUUUGAUGAGUACAAGAAGGGAUAUCUUGACCAGGCUUCUGGUAGUGCUGUAGUUGACCUCAUGGAAAAUGACCAGGUCUGGUUACAGCUGCCCAACAAUGAAUCCAACGGCUUGUUCUCUUCAGAGUAUGUUCAUUCCUCCUUCUCAGGUUUCUUAUUUGCACAAAUAUAACAUACCAUGGGUUUUUUGAAAAAAGGGAAUCUUAGUAUGUGUGUUUGUACUUCUAGAUGUCCAGCAGAGACUAAAGAAACUCUGAACAUAAAAUUAAACUUCUAAGAAAAAUGCUGCAUGAUGCAUAUCUUAGGUGCUCUUUUUAAAAGACAUUUUAAAGGGUAAUUUAAUUAUUCACUAAGUAUAAUCCUAUUUUAAUGCAACAGAGAAAUGUAUUUUACUUGCCCAAAUACUGAGAUGUUAAUUAUAAUUGCCAAGAUUAGUUAUUAGAAAGAGGGCUCAUUACCUUGUCUUAUAUGAAACUUCUCCUUCACAGACAUGUGUAGAAAGGAAGUAUUUUAAUGUUGCCAUCCUCACGCUUGAAUAAUUUGAAUAAUAACACUGGUAACUAUUUCAGAUUAAAUGAGUGUAGGAAUACAGUCUAAUAUAAGCCACUUGCUUGCUUUCAAAAAAUAUAAUCAUAGUCAAAAAAGGCUGAAACACACAGGAAGGCACAAUGACUUCAAUGUUCUGUCUUUUAAAAUCAAUGGAGCUAACUUAUAUAGAAGACUACUUAGAGCAGGAGUGUAAGGACAAAUUCACAUGCAAUGUCUUUCAUGUGAUAACUGCAAUUAUGACAUCUAAUCUA